GUCCUUUCUCUCCUCGUCGCUGUUUACGACGUAAUAAUCUUGCGGUCUAAACAGGCCCAAUAAUUUUGUCUGUUUGGAUCGUCAUUUUUUGUCGAUAUUUUCCUGACAAGUACAUCGUAAUGGCUUUGGAAACCGUCCCUAAAGACCUUCGCCAUCUACGAGCAUGUUUGCUUUGCUCCUUAGUCAAGACAAUUGACCAGUUUGAGUAUGACGGCUGUGAUAACUGUGAGGUGUACCUUCAGAUGAAGGGGAACAGAGAGAUGGUUUAUGAAUGCACAAGUUCUUCAUUCGAUGGCGUGGUCGCCAUGAUGAGCCCAGAGGACAGCUGGGUAGCAAAAUGGCAGAGAAUAGGGAACUUCAAGCCAGGAGUAUAUGCAGUGUCAGUGACUGGCAGACUACCUCCAGGUGUGGUGAGAGAGCUGAAAAGCAGAAGAGUGAUUUACAAGUCCAGAGAUACAGCAGUGAAGACAUAAGAGACUACGGCAACAUUGCCUAGGCGUCACCACAGCAGCUCUAAAUGUGUACAUACUCCUGUAAAAGAAACCAGACAAACAUGUUCAUUGAUUUUCACAUCUGUGAUAACCUUGGGGAACUGCCCUUCAGAGGUUUUGUUGUCUUUUUUUUCUUUUUUUUUUACUUUUAUUGUAUUUUUUUCCCCGACAUAACCAUGAAAAAUAAAGGUCUCUUGUGUUUUAGAA